AUGCACUAUUCAAAUUACUGCAACUCCCUCCUAGCCGGUCUCCCAGCAGCCCAGCAGGAACUGAAAACUCAUCUGAAGAAGAAGUUUCAAUACAUAUUUGAAGGUUUAGCAGUGCAGGGCCACACAACGCUCCUCAAUGAGAUCUAUACAGAGCUCUACAUCACAGAGGGGGGAAGUGGGGGGGUCAGUAAUGAGCACGAGGUCAGACAGAUUGAGACAGCAUCCAAGAGACAAACCACCCAGGAGACUCCAAUCCUCUGCAAUGACAUCUUUAAGCCUUUACCUGGACAAGAGAAACACAUCAGAACUGUGCUUACAAAGGGCAUCGCUGGGAUUGGGAAAACCGUCUCUGUGCAGAAGUUCAUUUUGGACUGGGCAGAAGGAAAAGCCAAUCAGGAUGUUGAUUUCAUCUUCACUCUUCCUUUCCGAGAUCUGAAUCUGAAGAAGGAAAGAGCAUUCAGUCUGAUGCAACUUCUGCAGCACUACUUUCCACAACUGAAAGAGAUCAAAAGUGUUGAAGGUGAUGAUGUCAAAGUUGUGUUUAUCUUUGAUGGUCUGGAUGAAUGUCGACUUCCUCUACAUUUCCAAAGCAAUGAGAUCUGCUGUGAUAUAACAGAGUCAUCAUCAGUGGAUGUGCUGCUGACCAACCUCAUUAAGGGGAAUCUGCUUCCCUCUGCUCACCUCUGGAUCACCUCCCGACCUGCAGCAGCCAAUCAGAUCCCUCCUGAGUGCAUCCACCAGGUGACAGAGGUACGAGGGUUCAAUGACCCACAGAAGGAGGAGUACUUCAGAAAGAGAAUCAGAGAUCAGAACCAGGCCAGCAGAAUCAUCUCACACAUCCAGUCAUCCAGGAGUCUCUACAUCAUGUGUCACAUACCAGUCUUCUGCUGGAUUUCUGCUACUGUUCUGGAGACAAUGUUGGGUAAAGUAGAGAGUGGAGAUCUGCCCAAAACUCUGACUGAAAUGUACACACAUUUCCUGCUCAUUCAGACUAAUGCGAAGAAUCUGAAGUAUGGCUCCGAUGAAACAAACCCAAAGAUGUCAGCAUCAGAUACAGAAAUCAUCCUGAAACUGGGGCAGCUGGCUUUUGUACAGCUGGAAAAGGGCAAUCUGACAUUCUAUGAAGAGGACCUGAGAGACAGUGGCAUUGAUGUCAGUGAAGCUUCAGUGUACUCUGGGGUGUGCACAGAGAUCUUUAAAGAGGAGCGUGGGUUGGGUCAGGAGAAGGUCUAUUGCUUUGUGCAUCUGAGCAUUCAGGAGUAUCUGGCCGCCUUGUUUGUGUUUCACUCAUGUGUAAAUGAGAACAGAAAUGUGCUCAGAGCAGAAGAAUCAAAACCUCACAGUGGCAGAGUACAGCUGUCUGAGUUACAUGAGACUGCAAUGGAUCAGGCCCUACAGAGUAAGAAUGGACACCUGGACCUUUUCCUCCGAUUCCUUCUCGGCCUCUCUCUGGACUCCAUUCAGGCCCUCUUAGGAGGAUUACUGACCCAGACAGGAAGCAGAUCCCUUGUACCAGACCCCCAGACACAGACAGAAAGCAGAUCAGAGAGCAUCAAGGAAACAAUCCAGUACAUUAAGGGGAAGCUCAUAGACAAAUAUUCAGCAGAGAGGACCAUCAAUCUGUUCCACUGUCUGAAUGAACUGAAUGACAACUCACUCGUGGAGGAAAUCCAGAAUUCCCUGAGAUCAGGAAAGCUUUCUGAUAAAGAGCUGGAUACCGACCAAUGUUCAGCUCUGGCCUUUGUGUUACUGAUGUCAGAGGAGAUCCUGGAUGAGUUUGACUUGAAGACCUACAACACAUCAGGAGCAGGUCGUCACAGACUGGUACCAGUAGUCAGGAACUGCAGGAAGGCCAUACUGAACAGCUGUGCCCUAAGAGAGAAGUCAUGUGAAAUUGUGGCCUCAGCUCUCCAGUCAUCAAACUCACCCCUGACAGAUCUGGACCUCUGCUACAAUAACCUGGGAGAUUCAGGAGUGGAGCUGCUCUGUGCUGGAUUGAUGAGUCCAAACUGUAAACUACAGAGACUGGGGCUGGGUUGGUGUAAUCUCACAGAGGGCUGCUGUGAUGUUCUGGCCUCAGUCUUGCGUUCUCCUCACUCAGAGCUGAGUGAUCUGGAGCUGAGAGACAAUGAGCUGCAGGAUUCAGGAGUGAGAGUGCUCUCUGCUGGACUGAAGGACUCACACUGUAAACUGCAGAGACUGGGGCUGUCAGGCUGUAGAGUCACACAGAGAGGCUGUGAUUCUCUGGCUUCAGCUCUGUGUUCAAACCCCUCACACCUGAGAGAGCUGGACCUGACAUACAAUCACUCAGGAGUGAGAGAGCUGUCUGCUGCUAAACUGGACACACUCACACUGCUUGUGGAACAUGUAGGAGAGAACAGGAUCAAACCAGGACCCAGGAAAUAUGGCUGUCGGCUCACACUGGAUCCAAACACAGCACACAGGUGGCUGUCUCUGUCUGAGGGGAACAGGAAGGUGACACACAGACCGGGGAGAGAGGAGCCAUAUCCUGAUCACCCAGAGAGAUUUGAGUCUGUGCGCCAGGUUCUGUGCAGAGAGUGUGUGUGUGAGCGCUGUUACUGGGAGGCUGAGUACAGUGUGUCUGAGAGGGGAGAGGUUUUUAUAGCAGUGACAUAUAAAGGAAUCAGCAGGAAAGGAGGGGUUGAGGACUGUGGGUUUGGAUUAAAUAAAAACUCCUGGAGUCUGAGGUGCCGUAGACACAGUUACUCUGUCCGUCACAAAAGUAACCACGCAGACCUACCUGUCCGCCCCUCCCCCUACCACAGAGGAGGAGUGUGUGAUGAUGGUGCUGGUGCAGGAGUGUGUGUGUACAGGGUAGGAGUGUGUGCGGACCGUCCGGCUGGCACUCUGUCCUUCUACAGCGUCUCUGACUCUGACACACUGACCCUCCUGCACACAUUCCACACACACUUCACUCAACACACACCCUUCUGUGCUGGGUUUGGAGUGUUGGAGGACUGCUCAGUGUCCCUCUGCCAACUGGAGUAG